GAAAUCUCCGAAUUCAUCAUCUUCCUCCGUCCGACGAUUCAUCUUUCUCCUUUUCCGGCGAUUACCUUCAUCGGGUUUUUUAUAGGAUUUUACCAGUGUGAUUGAUUAUCUUAGAAUGGAGCUAAAGAGUGUCAGAGAUGCGUUUGAUCGUGUUACCAAAAAGCAGAAACUUUGCUAUAGCAAGACACAGGAAGUGGUGGAUAGACUGUCUCAAGAGAUCGACAAGGCAUUGAACACGAUACAGGAGGUACCCGCUGGCUCAGAUAACCCGCUUCAUGGUAAAUCUGUUGUUGCUGAUUUGAAGAAAACUUUAAAUGAGAUUGCUCCGAUCAAACAAGUUGAAGCCACUCAGAAAGAACUAAGUGCGGCUCUGACCAAGUACCCGAAAGCGGUGGACAGGACUCUGAAUCCAGACAUAUCAACGGCUUACAGAAACGUCGAGUUUGAUCUUCAUGCUCUUCACCAGAUAAUAGCUGGUUUUCUCUACAGGCAAGGCAUGUUCGACAUGGUUGACAGUUUCCUUUCCGAGACUGGCGAGCCUGGGCUUGAGUCUUCUGCUACAGAAUCUUUCAUGGAAAUGCAUAGGAUACUUGAAGCCAUGAAAAAACGAGAUCUUGGACCAGCUCUUAAGUGGGUAGCUUUGAACUCUGACAAGCUAAAGCAAGCAAACUCCGAUCUCGAGUUGACAUUUCACAGCCUUCACUUCCUGAAAAUAGCACAAGACAAGGACUCCAAAGAAGCUAUCAACUACGCCAGAAAACACUUCACUACAUAUUCAAACAAGUGUUUACCAGAGAUCCAGAAACUCAUGGGCUCUCUCUUAUGGCACAGAAACCUCGAUAAAUCCCCAUACUCAGAGUUCCUCUCACCUGCGUUAUGGACCAACGCUGCCAAAGAACUAACCCACCAAUACUGCAGUCUACUCGGUGAAUCAUCAGAGAGUCCUUUAGUUGUAACAGUUGCAGCAGGUUCACAAGUUUUACCGACGUUUUUGAAAUACUUGAACCUUCUGCCAGAGAAAAGAAAAGAAUGGCAAACAAUGAAGCAACUUCUUGUACCUGUGGAACUCCCUGAAGAGUAUCGCUUCCACUCAGUCUUUGUAUGUCCUGUCACCAAAGAACACUCAAGUGAAGAUAAUCCUCCGAUGAGAUUGAGCUGCGGUCAUGUCCUUUGCAAGCAGUCUAUCAACGGUAUGUCGAGGAAUGGUACAAAGUCCUUCAAGUGUCCUUAUUGUCCAACAGAUAUAGAUGCUUCCAAAUGUAAGCAGCUGUUUUUCUAGAGUAGUCUGAUCACUCUUUUCACAACUUCUUAUACUGCAUUUCUUAAAGAAGGUUUGGGGUCAUGAUCUUUUUUUGUCUCAGCGAGAGCUCUGUUCUUUGGUAUCAUGAUCUUGUUUUGGGUUCUGUGUAUAAAAGCUAUAGUUUUAAACCAAACAUUAAUACACAGAUAUGGUCUUUUGUCUCCU